AUGUAUCGCGGAAGUAAUGCAGUCAAAGCAGCGUGCUGCGUAUGGGUAGUCAACAAGCACUACAUGCAGGUAAAGAAACAAGCGACUGCGGCUCGAAUUUUUUCGUCGCAAAGCAGUUCGACUUUCAAUCUCGGGAACACAAGCGAUUUUCUUGACGAUUCCAGUUGUUUGUUAUCAGAUGGCAUUCUUACGCUGUGCUGCGAGAUAACGAUAUUCGACCUGCGUAAAUCGUCUGCGGCCUGCACCCUCGAAAACCCGCCUGAAGGACCAAGUCUUUUAGAUAACUUCGGUCGACUCUGCGACGAUGUCGACUACACCGACGUGACCUUAACUGCAGAAGAUACGGAUUUUUGCGUGCACCAGAACAUCCUGGCCGUGCGAUCCCCGGUGUUUGACGCCAUGUUCAAGAACAACAUGAAGGAGAAGCAAGAGAACAGAGUACAUCUGGACGACAUCUCUGCUGAAGCGUUACAAGAAAUGAUAACUUUCAUCUACACGGAUACUGCGCCCAAUAUGGCCUCCUUGGCAGUCGAUCUUCUUCAUGCUGCAGAAAAGUACGACCUGAAGCGCCUCAAGUCGAUGUGCGAGUACAGUCUCGCGUGCAGUCUCACUGUAGACAAUGUCGUAGAAAUGCUUCGCCUGGCCACAAAGCUGAACGCCGACAGACUGAGAGAUUUUGCCGUCUGCUACAUUAAAGGGCACGCGGGCGACGUAGGAAAAACUGAUGGUUGGAAGGCGAUGGUUGAAGAGGAGCCUCGCCUUUUGGAACUGUUCACUUCUUUCGGGACACAGACUGGACUUGACACAAGUCAAGUUAAGUGUCAAGUGCCACAAGUCAAGUCACAAGUGAACAAGGUGCUUUGA